AUGAUUGCUCAGGCCUCCGCUCUCUUCCUCUUUCGGCCGUCGUCGGCUUCUGCCCUCCCUCCGCCCGGCCCCCCGCGACUCCGCCCGUUUCCUAGACAAAACAAUACGCUUCCCGGGAGCAACGGGCAGGUCGUUGGCCUCUCGGCGCCGCCGUCGCCUCCCGCUGCUGCUGCUGCUGCUGCAGGAGAGAUGCAGCUGGAGCCGAUGGGGUUCCUGCAGGCGGCCCUCGAGGGCGGCCGGCUCAUCUCCUGGGGCUCUGUCGCCGCAGUGUUGCUCGUCAGCCUGUUGGCCACCUUCACCUCCCGGUUGCUGCUCGACAGCUUUCGGAAGUGGAAGGAGCUAAAGCUCGUCCCCGGGAUCAGCCCCUGCUACCCCCUCGUGGGCAACACUUUGCUUUUUGAACGCGAUGGGGAAGCUUUCUUUAGGCAGUUGCUUGACCAUUUAAAAGAAGUACAGAAUCUUAAGCUGGUCAAACUUUGGAUAGGACCUCUGCCCUUCUUGGUCCUGUUGCACCCAGAGACUGUAGAGGGGAAAAACAAGCUUCAAAAUGUACAGAGGGAGUUCAUCUACAAAGACUUCCAUUGAGAGUUCUGCCUCACUGUAUGGAGAACAUAAAACUAAACCAGUAGGUGUUUU